CAAAAUCGUAAUUAGGGUUUUUGAUGGAGCCCAAUUUUCAAUUUCUCACCAACCCAGUCCCAUUUCCCGUCCAAAUUCUUGCUCCAUUCAUUCACCAUGUGUCACUGCCACCUUCCCAACUAACCUAAUUUUUCCACCAUCUCCAUUUCCUUUCACUCUCACUCCAUUUUUUUUUCUUUUCUUUUCUCUCACUGAGGGAUUGCCACAUUUACAAUAUACAAUACAAAAUUUAAUAAUUUGAUUCUCUUUCUUCGUUAAUCCUUCACUCUCUCCAUGUUCUCACAUUAAUUACUCACCUUAGGCUUACACUACUCCCUGUCACUUUGGUUUCUCCAGAAAAUAUCAUAAAGUUGAAGGAGGAAAAGAGAAGGGUUUUUCUAUUUCAAGGUUUCAGUAUUCCUUCUUGGACUCACUAGUCACAAUAACAAGGGUUUUUCUGCACUCACUCUAGAGUUCAGAUCCAGUGUCUCAGAUCAAAUGGCAGCCAUGGCGCAGCUUCGUUUUUCACCUCUCUCUGGUCACUACCAUGCCUCUGUUUUCCCAACAUCAUCAUCUCAGCCCCAGAAUCAAUCUUUGUAUCCCAUUAAACUACUACCACCAAGAUUGAAACUUUCCUCUGCUGGAGGUGAUGGGGGAAACGGGAUUGGACAUGGUGGAAGUGGCGGCGGCAGUGGUAGUGGUGGUGGAAGUUGGGGUCAUGAAGGAGAUCAUAGUGAUUCAUCAUCUUUUGGACCUCUUGGUCUUUUCCUUAAUGGAUGGAGAUCAAGGGUAGCUGCUGAUCCCCAAUUUCCAUUCAAGGUUCUGAUGGAGGAGUUGGUUGGUGUUAGUGCUUGUGUUCUUGGUGACAUGGCUUCAAGGCCUAAUUUCGGGUUGAAUGAGCUUGACUUUGUUUUCUCAACCCUUGUUGUUGGUUCAAUCCUCAAUUUCACACUCAUGUACCUAUUGGCACCAACCAUGUCAACUUCCUCAUCACAAUUACCAUCAAUUCUUGCGUCUUGCCCCAAGAGUCACAUGUUUGAACCUGGCGCAUACGGUCUGUUCGAACGGCUUGGAACCUUGGUGUACAAAGGAACCAUCUUCGCUGCCGUUGGAUUCGCAGCUGGACUAGCUGGAACUGCUCUCUCAAACGGGUUGAUUGCGAUGAGGAAGAAGAUGGACCCUGAUUUUGAGACCCCAAAUAAGCCUCCCCCUACGAUGUUGAAUGCUCUAACAUGGGCAGCACACAUGGGAUUCAGCAGCAACUUUAGGUACCAAACAUUGAAUGGAAUUGAGUUCUUGUUGGAGAGAGGGCUCAACCCAUUUUUGUUCAAGUCCUCAGUGUUGGUUCUGAGGAUGGUCAACAAUGUCCUUGGAGGAAUGUCCUUUGUGGUAUUGGCAAGGUUAACAGGAGCACAAAGUGUUGGUGGUGGUGAACACCAGAAGGAACAAGCUACUGUGGAGAUUGGAUUUGCUUCUGAGAAGGAGAAGUUGGUGGAAAGGGGAGAGGAAUUUCAGAGCAGUAACCAAUCAGCAUCAUCAAAGUGAUUUUGAAAAAUCACUCUUAUGUCAUUGCUUGUUUUCCUAAUAGUUUAUCUAUCUUUUUUAAACCUUUUGUGAAGGGUUGUUGGGAGAGGCUUUUCUUCUAAGUUUUCUCUAGGUCCUUUUGAUUUUCUUCUUUUCUUAUUGUUAUUGUCAUCCUAAUGUCAUAACUUUUGAGAAACUAUUGAGGCAGCACCAAAAAUAAGUGAGUAAAUGAAAAAGGGUAGAUUUGAGA